CUAACCCACUUUGCCAAAUGUUCAGAGUUUCUUCUUAGCAUCUAAAACCCUUUUUUUUGGCUUCUCUUUAUAAAUACCUUCAGGAAGACACAGAAGAUAAGAAAAAGGAUUCUUUCACCGUCUCCUGACCACGAUAUUAAGAUGAGCACAGAAGCUGUGGAGCAGAGGGAUCCUCCGCAUGAACACAUAGACAUUGAACAAAAUGGAAUUGACUUCACAAGACAGAUAAAGACAGAGGACCUGAACGAUUCUCCCCACUCCACCGCAUCACAUAAGGCAUGUCACCUAACGCAGGGAUCACCAGCACCGACAGGGCAGCUGCCUGGGGAGCUGCCAUCACUACACCCCCUGCCCCAGCUGGUCCUCAUGUCUGGCUCACAUCUCACCCCCUCCUCCUCCUUUCUCCUCUCCCAGGCUCAGCCUGCGCAUCAAGCAUUGUUGCAGCCAAAUCUCCUGUCCUUGCCAUCUCAAACCCAGUCAGGUCUCCUGCAGCAUCAGCCAGGCCUGGCCCUCACUCCUCAGGCAAUGGGUCGAACAGGCUUGUCUGGGCCCUCUAUUGAUGGACAUUUGGACAUGUCCCACUUGCAGGUGCCUAAGCAUGUGGGUCCCUCACAACAGGAUGAGCCCAGUGAUCUGGAGGAGCUGGAACAGUUCGCCAAGUCCUUCAAACAAAGGCGCAUCAAGCUAGGCUUCACACAGGGUGACGUGGGUUUGGCUAUGGGGAAACUCUAUGGUAAUGACUUCAGUCAGACCACCAUCUCCCGUUUUGAGGCGCUCAACCUCAGCUUCAAGAACAUGUGCAAGCUCAAACCUUUGCUAGAGAAGUGGCUGAGUGAUGCAGAAAACUCUCCCUCUGAUUCGAUGGCCAAUCCUGCAAGCUUACCACCUCUUAUGGAGGGAUAUGGGAGGAAGAGAAAAAAGAGGACAAGUAUUGAGACUAAUAUUAAAAUGACACUGGAGAAACGCUUCUUAGAUAACCCCAAACCAAACUCAGAAGAGAUCACCCUAAUCUCAGAGCAGCUAUCGAUGGAGAAGGAAGUGGUGCGAGUAUGGUUUUGCAACCGGCGACAGAAGGAGAAGAGGAUCUACUGCCCAGUGUCCACCUCACCUAUAAAACCACAUAACUACAACGCCAGGCUGCCUCCAACUACCAGACCGUUUAGUCCUCUUGCUUCAGGAGGAGUGUCAAGCAGCUCCUCUCCCAACAGCCCAAGUCGUGGCUCAUCCCCCAACACACUGUCUUCUUCCUCCAGCCCUCUGACAUCACAGGGGGUCAACCAAUCCUUCACCACUACGGGAUCCUGGUAUCGCUGGAACACCACUGCAUAUCACCACUGAGUAAGCCAGGACGGAUCUGGAAGGGGAAAAAAUGAAAAUGACAAUGUUUACAGUUUGUUCGGUGGGUGAGCGUCCAUGCAGAGAAAUCACUGUUCUGAUUGACAAACAACCUCCACACUGAUGGAGCACUGAAGUACACAUUUCCAUUUUAAGAAGGAAAAGGUCCCGUCUUAUAAGGUUAUUUCAACAAUCAUAGUACAUUUCAGCCAGCUGUCUCUACCCAGGUCAAACCCUGGUAAGCAAGAGACAAGUGGGUCAAACGAACAUUUCAAGUGUAUGUGGUGGUUUUCAUGCCAUCAUUCUGAAAUGCCUGGAGGAAUCCUACUGUUUGAAGAUGCUGUUUACAUGACCACUCAUAGCUGAUCCCUACUGGGACGGUACAAUAUGAAGGUGUAAAUAUCUAGUUCAGAUUAGACAACAUGAACACAUCCUGCCUGCCUGCAGUUAGCAAUUUAAUCAGAAUUUAAAUAUGCAAAUAUUUCACUUAUUGGACUUUUACAUUAAAAAUAGACGUAUGCAGUUUCCACUGACAAGAUUAUGUAGCACUUGUCAUCAACUGUUCAUGUUUUUGAAUCCAGACUUAAGUCUUAAUGCAUUUCUUCUUUUAUAAAUGUUUGUUUUUCUAAGUUAAACUUUUUACUGUCUGCAUUUUUCGGAGAGGAAGAAAAAUACAUGGAAAAGUUUUGAUUUCAUUUCCCUUUUCCAUACAACAUGGUCCAAAGCAUUUGAAGUUCUGUAAUUUUCAAACUGUGCCUUUAUGACUUGAUUUCCUAAUACCAUUAUUUUGUUUGUUUAUUUGCUUGUGUUUGGUGAAUUCUGUUUGUAAUGGCAGUAACCACUGUUGUACAUUUUAAGAGCUGGACAAUAUGCUUUGUUUCACUGUUUAACACUCAUUAAACAGAUUGAUCACUUCUGUU